CAAGAUUGCUCGUCGGCCAGAACAUCAUCGGCCACUUCUCACCCAUCAGAUGGCCAAUCGACGACAGCCGGUGCAACACAGAGCACAGCAGAGGGUAUAUAGACAAUCGCAAAUUCGUUAUGCCCCCGGCGCUGGUGGUGAAUCGGAAAUCAGUUGUUGUGUUAAAUAUUCGGUUUUCAGUUUCAAUGUAAUCUUCUUUUUGCUAGGAUUUGGUCUGCUCUUGUUCGGAGUUUGGGCACAAAUUGAGAAGAACACCUUUGUAAAUAUGCUGAGUAAAGCAUCGAAACUGUAUCUCGAUCCGACGUGGCCACUUCUCAUCGUUGGAUUUCUCACAUUUAUCAUUGGUUUCAGUGGAUGUGUUGGAUCACUACGAGAGAAUACAUCCUUCCUUACAUUCUAUUCAACACUUCUUGGCCUUUUGCUCAUCGCCGAAUUCUCAGCAGGAGUAUUCGCAUAUGCUUGCAGAGAUCAACUUGAUAACUAUAUUAGAAAUCUAUUGAACGAUGUGGUAGUUGGAUAUAGAGAUGAUCCGGAUCUUCAGCUAUUGAUUGAUUCUAUGCAAGAGACGUGGAUGUGUUGUGGAAUCAACGGAGCCGACGAUUGGGAUAGAAACACCUAUUUUUCAAUAGAAGCCAGAGAAGUGGCCUCUCCAGAAGCUGGCGGAGUUCCAUUUUCCUGUUGUAUCAACAGUAGUAAACUGGAAUUCAAGAACUACUUCUGCGGGCACGGUGUUCGUUUAAAACCAGAAAGCCACAUGGCAGCACAUCUUGCGGCUCAACGUGUGAUGGCCCACACUGCAUCGAUUUAUACGGAAGGAUGUCUGCCGAAACUUCAACUUUGGCUUAAUAAUAACAUGCUAUUAGUAGCCGUUUCGAUGGUUAUUAUUGCAAUAAUCCAGGUUCUCGGUAUCUGUUUCGCUCAAAAUCUCAAAUCGGACAUACUCGCUCAACGGGCAAAAUGGUAUUAUACCCAUUAAUCAAUCAAAUAAUCAAUUAAUCAACGAAAUAUUCUCUACCUUCCAAUGUAUUCACUUCUACGCAGCUUUCUUUCGACUUACCACAGCCUAUGCCGGUCACAAAAAAUUCAUCCACUUUGCAAAAUAUACGUUCGAUUCUCUAAAAGAAACCAUUUGGUUUGUCACAACUUCCUCAACUUUUGCCUUCUUUGUUUCUUUUUCCCAAAACCCCAUGUUUUUACUGGUAUUUUCAAACUUUGUGAGAUUCCAAUGAAAUUUUCAUAUUUU